AUGCACUGGAGGCCAGUCCUCUUGGGCCCCAGCUCCGCCCAGCAGGGGGCGCCCAGGAGAGCCGGGAGCGCAGCGCGGGUCGCGGUCCGGUUGGCAGGAAGCCGCCAGCUGGCGCCAAACAGCUCUGAGGCCGGCCAGAUCCCGGUGCACCGCCCGGCAUUUGUCCAGCCCCAGCUGUCACCUGCAGGUGCCGGUCCACUCACCUUCACCGCGGACCGGGAGCGGGAAGGUGGAGCGCUCCCCGCAGCCCUGGGAUCGGCCGCCCACGUGCUCCCAUCCCCACCUUGCGCACCCGUGUUCCCAUUCCCACCCCGGAAAGUCCCCGAGCCGCGCCCUAACGAACUCCCACUCCCCCUGGUCCGCGCCGGCUUCUCCGGGCGUCGGUCCCUGUCUGCAGCCGCGCCGCGAGGACCCCUGCCAGCUGAGCUCUCUGCCCGGGGUGGCAGCCUGGGGCCUCCAUGGCCUGUGCGAUAUCUCCCCCAGAACAAGAGCCACCUAAACCCCAGAGCUGUCCAUACCCCUGAACUGCUGAGAUUUCCCCAUCCCAUGGCUUUCCAGCCCAGGAGGUCACCAGAGCCUGGCACAGAGUCCUACCUGGAGUCCAGAGAUGGGGCCACCAAGCGGCCCCCACCCUAUGUGCUGGCCGUGGAGCAGAAGCCACUGUCACUUCCUGAAGACAGCAGCCCCAGCUCGGGUCCCACUCAUCCUGUGGCCCUUCACCUUCCUGCAGCCAUGGAGACCCAUCAGGACUUCCGGAGCAUCCAAGCAAAGUUCCGGGCAUCUCAGCAGGAACCCAGCAGCCUGCCCAAAAAAACCCCAAAGCCUGAAUUCAGUAAAUUCAAGAAGUUAGCCCAGCCUGAGCUAAGUGAGCACCCCAAGAAGCCCCCGCAGCCUGAGUUCGGUGCAGUGUCCUUGAAGCCCCCGAAGCCUGAGGUCCCUGAUCUCCCCGAGAAGCCCCUGCAGCCUGAGGUCCCUGACCUCCCCGAGAAGCCCCUGCAGCCUGAGGUCCCUGACCUCCCCGAGAAGCCCCUGCAGCCUGAGGUCCCUGAUCUCCCCAAGAAGCCGUCCAAACUUGAGUUGACUGAACUCUCCAGGAAGUUCCCACAGCUGGAGGCCACUCCGUUUGCAGGGAAGCCUCUGCAGCCUGAGGCCGGUGAGGCCCCUUUGAAGGCCCCGAUGCUGGAGCGCAGUACGCCUGCCCAGAAACCCCUGCAGCCUGAGCUCAGCCACCCUUCCAGACUCCCCUCUGAUUCCAAUUCCAGCACAUUCCCCAGGAAACACUGGCAGCCCGAGGCCUGCAAGGCUACCCCGAAGCCCUCACAGCCUCAGUUUAGUACCAUUCCCAAGAAGCCUCUGCAGCCUGAGUUCAAUGUACACCCCAGAAAGCCCCCACAGCCUCAGGUUGGUGGCCUCCCUAAGAAGUCCCUGCCACAGGCUGAGUUCAGUGAGGUCCCUCAGACAGCCCCUUGCAAGCAUGAGUCUAGUGACUCCCUCCCCCACUCCCCAAAACCCAACUUCACUCUUCCCAAGAAGCCCCCGCAGCCUGAGUUCAGUGUGUACCCCAGAAAGCCCCCUCAGCCUCAGGUCAGUGGAUUCCCUAAGAAGUCCCUGCCUGAGUUCAAUGAGGCGGCUCAGACACCCCUCUGGAAGCCCGAGUCUAGUGAGCCAAAGCCUGACUUCAAUGUCUUUCCCAAAAAGCCAUCCCAGCCUCAGCUGAGUGACUUCCCCAAGAAGCCCCCACAGCCUAAGCUCGGGGACCUCCCCAGGACAUCCUCAGAGCCCGAAGUCAGCGUGUUUCCCAAGAGGCCGCGGCAGCCCGAAUUCAAAGCGCUCUCCAAGAAACCCCUACAGCCUGAGCUGGGUGGCCUCCCCAGGACAUCCUCAGAGCCCGAGUUCAACUCACUCCCCAGGAAGUUACUGCGCCCUGAGUGCCAGGGGCCACCCCGCAAGUUCUCACAGCCUGAGCCCAGUGCUGUGCUCAAGAGACAGCCACAGCCUGAGUUCUUCGGUGAUCGCCCUCGAAAGCCUGUACUCCCCAGCUCUGCUUCUGAGAGCUCACUGCCGGCGGCCGUGGUAGGCUCCAGCUCUCGGUACCCGCCCAGCCCUGGGUUUGGAGUGACUGGGACACCCCACUGGAGGCCAGGAGGCCUUGUUCACAGUGGGAGGGCCAGGCCUGGCCUCAGACCCAGCCAUCCACCCCGGCGGAGGUCUCUGCCCCCUGCCAGCAGCCUGGGACCCCCUCCUGCCAAGCCCCCACUGCCCCCGGUCCCCAUGGAUAUACAGAGCUUUCGGAGACCCUCUGCAGCCUCCACAGACCUACGGAGGACCCGCUCAGCUGCUGGGCUCCACUUCCAGAUCCGAGAGCCUGAAGACACCCCACAGGACCCAGAUGAAAUCUAUGAGCUGUAUGAUGACGUGGAGCCCAGAGAUGACUCCAGCCCCAGCCCCAAGGGCAGAGGUUUGUCAGUGGCCUGUCCAGAUGAAGUGCCCUCGGUUCAGCAAGCUGCCAGGAGGCCACCGCAAGACCCAGUGCUCAGAAAGGAGAAAGAUCCCCAGCCACAGCAGUUGCCACCCAUGGACCCAAAGUUGCUGAAGCAGAUGAGGAAGGCAGAGAAGGCUGAGAGGGAGUUCCGUAAGAAGUUCAAGUUUGAAGGGGAGAUUGUGGUUCACACGAAGAUGAUGAUCGACCCCAAUGCCAAGACGCGUCGCGGGGGUGGCAAGCACCUUGGGAUUCGGCGCGGGGAGAUCCUGGAGGUGAUCGAGUUCACGAGCAAGGAUGAGAUGCUGUGCCGGGAUCCCAAGGGCAAGUAUGGCUACGUGCCCAGAACAGCACUCCUGCCUCUGGAGACGGAGGUGUACGAUGAUGUCGACUUCUUAGACCCCCUGGAAAACCUACCACUCCCACUGGGACGGUAAGGCUUGUAGGCCUGGAGCCAGGACAGCCGGCCAGCUGUGUCAUUCACCCAGGAGCUCUGGAUCCUGGCGCAGAAGAGUCACAGAGCUGCCUGUGCUGUGCUGAGCCCCAUAAAGCCCUGGUUUAAA